AACUUGCAUUGCUUUGUGUAAGGCUAACUCUGCCUAACUCACGUGCUUCCGUUCAUUCUUAGGUCUGUUGUGGCCGCAUCCGUGAUUUCAAUUGCAGUUAUAUAUAUUAGAUCUACUUGCCAUUCUGAAUUUCACACUAUUCCAUUAUAAAAAUGCUCAAGAUCCCGGAGCACCAGGUGGCCGGGCACAAGGCCAAGGACGGAAUCCUGGGCCCACUCGUCGACGAUUUUGGAAAAUUCUACAAGCCCCUCCAGACCAACAAAGACGACGACACCCGCGGCUCCACCGAACUCUCCUUUUACACCUCUCUCGCCGCCGCCGCCCACGACUACUCCAUCCGCUCCUUCUUCCCCGCCUUUCACGGCACCCGCCUCCUGGACGCCUCCGACGGCUCCGGUCCCCACCCUCACCUGGUCCUGGAGGACCUCCUCUGCGGCUACUCCAAACCCUCCGUCAUGGACGUAAAGAUCGGCUCCAGAACCUGGCACCUGGGAGACUCCGAGGACUACAUCUGCAAGUGCCUGAAGAAGGACAGAGAGUCCUCUAGCUUGCCCUUGGGUUUCAGAAUCUCGGGAGUCAAGGACUCUAUCUCCUCCUGGGAACCUACCAGGAAAUCUCUCCAGUGUCUAUCCGCCCAUGGUGUUGCACUUGUUCUCAACAAGUUCGUUUCCUCUAAUAAUAUCAACCAUGAUGAUCAUCAUCCCGAUUGCGCUUUCGCAACGGAGGUCUACGGCGCCGUUUUGGAGCGCUUGCAGAAGCUCAAGGACUGGUUCGAGGUUCAGACGGUGUAUCACUUCUAUUCUUGUUCUGUUCUUGUGGUGUACGAGAAGGAUCUAGGGAAAGGGAAAGCUACCAACCCUCUGGUCAAACUCGUUGACUUUGCACACGUGGUGGACGGAAACGGUGUCAUUGAUCACAACUUCUUGGGUGGCCUUUGUUCCUUCAUCAAGUUCCUCAAGGAUAUCCUAGCAGUAGCAUGUCUUCACAAGUGACUGAUUUUCAUCGAGUUAAUCUUAUUCCUAUCAGAAAAUAAUUAUGCUUGAAUUAGUGUCGCAGACUAACUGUUUGAAGUACUGUCAGAAACAAAAUAAUAAUAUGGACUGAGAGGCAAUCUUGUUCUGCUAAACUCCCUUUCAAGUUGCUGUCAGAUACUAGCCGUCCCUUUUCCUUUUUCAUAUUCUGUCAAAGUGAGUCAUUUAAUAAUAAUAACAAUGUCCUUCAACUCCAUUUGUUUCAGCCAA